CUUGCACAUCAACGAGGUCGUGUCUGCUUUUUAGUUUAUCAUUCCCAUUUGGAACAACAAAACGGAAGUAUUUUAAACUAUAAUACCGACAAGCCGACCACAAUUUGAAGAAAAAAUGGAUUCCGACACCAGCUCCGGUUCAGACACGGGUAUUAUUUACACUUGUAAGAAAUGCCCUGGCCAGGAAUUUGGCGAGGAUGAGAGGGAUGCCCACAGAAGGAUGCACGAGAAUGAAAACGAAAAGAAACGCAGAAGAAGGAGACGACGGGACGCAUCACCCGCGCCCUCAUCGAUGGCGGGAACGAGCAGUUUGUUUGUUGAAUACAAUCGGCCACCAACCCCAAAGAAGAAGAAAACUCAACUGAAACCUCAUGAACGGGAGCGACGUAGUAGGGCAACAACUGAUUAUGCAGAAAAGUCAAAAAAGAACAAGAAAACGAGGUAAGUAUUUUAUUUGUUUAUUAUGCUCCUAUUCGUUCAAAACUAAUAUCUAGCAAAGUCUUCACACGUUUUAAAACGUCA